ACCGUCAGUAAGCCGUCCAGUGCGGUGGAAUGCGGUUGUGUCUUAUCACCCGGGAGUCCACAAACGUGUGUUGACCACUGUAAACUCCCAGUGCCCCAAAACCCCAAAAAAUCAAAACAAACUUUCGAAGACUCCCCAGCCCUCCUCGCGAUAAAAAAAAGGCCAUAAGUCACGGAAAAAAAAAUUCCUGAAGGACCAAGAGGGCCCGAGGUGCGCGCCAGUGCACUGGAGAUAUACUACAGGUGAAAUUCUGAGAACAGGAGAGACAGGAGUGACUCGAAAAGCCCCGAGUAAUGUUUCUCCCAGUGAUAACAGAACAUAUUCUCCGGAUAAUCAAGAGUUAACGAAGGAUGAGCGAAUUGUAUUGCUGCACAAAGGACGGAUAGAAAGUCGUCGGUGAAGAGUUAAAGCAGUGGGCAAGAUGGCGGAGUCGAGCUAUUAUCAGAAUGACUAUUCGAGACAACCAGUUCUUGUUGAACUGUCCCACAAGUACGGAGUCUCGGUCAACGAUCAACCACUACCGGCCAGACUAGAUGAGCUGCGCGAGCAUAUUAGGAGGGAAAUUCGUAAAGAAUUGAAGAUCAAGGCCGGAGCUGAGAAAUUGCGAGAAGUUGCAACUGACCGAAGAGCAUUAUCCGACGUUGCGAUGAUUGUUAAAAAAGCAAAUAGUAAAUUGAACGAGUUGCAGGCAGAAUUGCAGCAGGUUGAGAGCCAAAUAAUCCUCACUCAGGGCCAACCCCAAUCGCCUCAGCGAGAUUACUCCAAUGGCCAAGAUACGCCAUUAUCCCCUGUGGACUCCUCAUCACCGAGUCAAGAGGGUCUCAUCACUGAUUUACGGAUAAUGACUCUGGAGAAGCAGCUCAAUAUCGAGCUCAAGGUGAAACAGGGUGCUGAGAACAUGAUCCAGAGUUUGACGAGUGGUCACAGAGACAAAAAACUUCUCCAAGAGGCGCAGCAGAUGCUGGACGAUUCCCGAGCGAAGAUUGAAUUUCUCAGGAUGAGGAUAAGGAAGGUUAGGCAGGCCAGACAGCAACAGCACGCCCGGGGCGAUGCGCCACUUUCCAAUGGCGAGUCUACCACUGGCAAAGAUAAGUAUGAACCUAGUUUGGAGUUGGCUCUGGUGGAGAGGGUCGAGGAGCUUCGACAUCGGUUGAGAAUCGAGGCUGCUGUUGUGGAGGGUGCGAAAAAUGUUAUACGACUGCUGCAGUCUGCUAAAGUUGCCGAUAAAAAAGCUCUCACUGAGGCGCAGGCCAGUUUAUCAGAGUCAAGUCGAAAGUUGGAUUUACUGAGAAUGUCCCUAGACAUGAGACGACAGGAAUUACCAGCGGACAGUGCAACUGCUGCUCAAUUAAAAACCGAAUUGGCUAGUGUCCAAUCAGCGAGUCCUGUACCAGUGACGUACACAUCGUUGCAGCCUUUUCGAGGACCCCUGGAGGGUCGUGCCACUGUACCAGUUUCUGUGUCGAGGUGUGCAGCUGUGACGGGACAGUUGGAGGUGAGAUUAAUGGGAUGUCAGGACCUCGCUGAGGAGGUUCCAGGGAGAACCAGGAGAGAGCAUCAUCCAGCGAGUCCAGACUUGCGGAGCUUCGUCAAAGGAGUCACUGGACGCAGCUCGAGUAAAUCGUACAGUGUUAAGGAUGAAACGAGUAACGAUAUUAUGGCAGUUAUAAAGCUUGAUAAUCAAACUGUUGCCCAGACGAGCUGGAGGCCGUGCUCGCAGCAGGCCUGGGACCAGAGAUUCUCCAUUGAGCUAGAUAAAUCGAGGGAAUUGGAGAUUGGUAUCUACUGGAAGGAUUGGCGAUCUCUCUGUGCUGUCAAGUUCCUUCGGUUGGAGGAAUUUAUUGAUGACGUUAGACAUGGAAUGGCUCUGCAGCUGGAGCCACAAGGGCUUCUAUUCGCUGAGAUAAGAUUUUUGAAUCCCAUGAUAUCGAGAAAGCCCAAACUCCAGAGACAGAGGAAGAUAUUCAAGCAGCAAGCCAAGAACUUCCCCCGGGCUAAUCAGAUGAACAUCAAUGUCGCCACUUGGGGGAGAUUACUGAAGAGAUCUGCACCGUCUUUGCAUAGUAAUAGAAAUUCAGAGAGUCCACCCUCCGGUGGUCAAUCCAUGCAGCUAGUGUUUGAUGCCUCUUUGGAGGAUAAAGCUGAAACUCCUGGGGAGAUACCUGAUCCUGAUAAGGGGGGACUCAGUGGGGCUAGGCCACUGGGAAUGUCCGCUUCCAGUGGAAGUUUAGCUCCUCAGAGUCAUCCACCACCACCACCCAGUGCUCCACCACCACCACCUCCUGUUGCCACUAUCUCCAAAAAAGCGUCUAUGAUCUCUGUACCACCACCACCUCCACCGAAGCUCGAUCAUGAGUUGCAGAGUGCACUUAAGGAGUUUGAUUUCCUGCACACCGAGGACAAGGCGGGUGCGAGCUUGAGACCCCUUGUGACGGAGCCCCGUCCAGUGCUGAUAGCACCACCCUCGCCGCGCACCCCCUCACCCCAACCUGUCGUCGAGUUCCCUGAGGAUGAGGUGGUGUACGAGGCACCCUCGAGACCCCUGCAGUACAGGGACAGCGCCUAUGAGUCCAGGAGACAUUCGCAAAUGACUGGAAUGGCCCUUGAGAACUUCAGACUACUCUCUGUGCUCGGUCGUGGACACUUCGGCAAGGUCAUUCUGUCGCAGUACAGAAAUACUGGAGAGUACUUCGCUAUUAAGGCAUUGAAGAAGGGGGAUAUCAUUGCUAGGGACGAGGUCGAGAGCUUGCUCUCGGAGAAGAGGAUAUUCGAGGUUGCCAACGCCACUAGGCAUCCGUUCCUCGUUAAUUUAUUCGCCUGUUUCCAAACUGAGGCUCACGUAUGUUUCGUUAUGGAAUACGCUGCUGGUGGUGAUUUGAUGAUGCACAUACAUGCCGACGUCUUCGGCGAGUCACGAGCUGUUUUCUACUCAGCCUGUGUCGUUCUCGGUCUCCAAUACCUACACGAAAGUCGCAUAAUUUAUAGAGAUUUGAAGCUUGAUAAUUUACUGCUGGAUACAGAGGGUUACGUCAAGAUAGCAGAUUUUGGUCUCUGCAAGGAGGGAAUGGGCUUUGGCGACAAGACAGGCACUUUCUGUGGGACACCUGAGUUCCUUGCCCCUGAGGUUCUCACGGAGACUUCCUACACGAGAGCUGUUGACUGGUGGGGAUUGGGAGUUCUCAUAUUUGAAAUGCUCGUUGGAGAGUCGCCUUUCCCGGGAGAUGAUGAAGAAGAAGUUUUCGACUCAAUUGUCAACGACGAAGUGCGCUAUCCGAGAUUCCUUUCACUGGAGGCCAUAGCAAUCAUGAGAAGGCUACUCAGAAAGAAUCCAGACAGAAGAUUGGGUAGUAGUGAAAGAGAUGCCGAGGAUGUGAAGAAACAGGCAUUUUUCAGACACAUAUCAUGGGAGGAUCUCCUACUGCGACGUGUGAAACCUCCGUUUGUUCCAGUAAUUCAUUCUGUGGAAGACGUGAGUAAUUUCGACGAAGAGUUUACAUCAGAGAAGCCCCACCUGACUCCCGCCAAAGAUCCUCGGCCCCUCAGCGACCUGGAGCAGGGUCUCUUCCGUGAUUUCACGUACAUGGCUGAUUGGUGCUAACAAAUCCAGUAAAUUCCAUAAAGAAACAAAAAAAAUAAUACUCGAUCCACUGUGAGAUGAAUCCCCGAACAAUUGACUCACUGUUGGGGCGAGGUGUGGGUGGUCCCUCUGAGGGGAAUAAGUGGAGUAAAAACACGAGGAGAAAUAAAACCAAACCGAUGGGACAAAGCAGACAUUUACAUGCUUAUCCUGAGAUCAGUUGGUCCCUUGAUUUGUAUAUUUUUUAAAAGGAGAGAAUCAUUUUAAUCGUCUUCAAGCGCAUUACGCAAUACAAUUCACAGUGGCUUGAAUGCUUAAAUGUUGAGUCGGUUAUUUAUCAUGAAGAUUUAUUAUUAAUUAUUAUCAUUGUUUCUACGUGAUUAUUGUUUAUGAGAGAUACUCGGUAGUUUCAGCCGGUUUACGGCAAACUAAUGGUUCAAAAAAAUAAGAUGAAAAAGAGCGUUCAGUCACAUUGCAGACGAAAUUGAUGGCUUAACGAGGCUUCAUUUUAAAUAGUGUUUGUCGAAGUUUCAAUGUGCGAAUGACUUCAUCGGUUAAUUGGACAUUCACAAUUGCUUCGUCGGACAAACUCAGUACAAGUCAGUUAUUCGAUUUUUUUGUUCAUUCGUGAUAAAUCGUGGAGGAGAAGAACGUACAUAAUCAAAUCAAAUUUUUCGAGUGAAAUUUACAGUAUCAAACGUAUUAAUAUCAGUGGAGUAAUGCUUUUUACGCAAGGCAACUACGGGCUGUUUUUGUGAGAUUCUUGUUUUUCAAUGAAAUACUAUGACUUGUGAUAUAAAAGAACUGGCAUAUAAGAGAGGUAAUUAGAUUGCCUUAAAUUAAAUGAAAAUCAAUUCAGGUUUUUCGAAUAUUUUUCCUACGUUUCAGGAGUGAAAUUUGCUUAUGUACAUUGUGACUUAAUGCAUCAGGAUUCGGUGCUAAACGAGGCCAACAUGAAAUUGCGAGGAUUCGUUUAUUUUUUAUUUUUCCUUUUUCUCGUGUAAUCGUAUUAUGCUUCAAGUGGCCUUAGCAGCUUUACAUGAAUGAAGGAAACUAGAGUGUCUUUUUGAGCGAUAUUUUUUUGUAGCAUAUGUGAAUUUUUUCAUAGGCAUAAACUGGAUUUGCAUUGAAACCAGAUCAAUGGUUACAUAGCCAUUUUGUUUUUGUGUCUGAAUAAUGGGAAACCGGAUGUCCGGCCUAUUUUGAAUGAAUUAUUGGAACUGUUUAUCUGGAAAUUCGUGAGGUCUAUUUAUCAGGCGUAGAGAACAAUGGCGAUAGUAUCGGAAAUAUAAAUCAGGGUAAUUUUGUCGCAAUAUAUUUUUUAUCUUUGAUAUAAAACUUUACUCGUCAGUGUGAAUGGAAAUAGUAAUUUUUGUAAAUCGCCUAAUGCGCCCAGUCAUCGUCUACCUCACGGAAAUCAAUUGAUGAGUCUUCGUGUUAUUAUUGAUAAUUUUUCUUUUUUCAUUCGUUUUGGUGUUUAACGAACUGAUUCACUCGCUAAUUCUGUCCAUUUAUCGAUUGUAUACUAUUUUAAUUAACAAUUUUACAUAGUUAUACACACGUGCUGUAAAUCAUAAUGAAUAUACGAGAGUACUAACAGAUUGUAAGAUAACGUUUUUUUUUUGAAGUAAUUAAUUGUAAGGAAAAUUUGUAAGAUGAAAUGAGAUGAAACAAUAUCAAAAUAUUAAUAGUAGUAAUGGAAA